AUGCCCACUGGAUUUCGAGAUAUUGCUUUUGGUGUUCUCGAUAAGAGUCAUUUCAAAUUCCUGAACCAUGUCGGUUUCUUUUUUCCACUGAUAAUGAUGCUGACUUGGAUGGUGUCUGUGGCCAGCAUGGUACGAAAGUUGGUUUAUGAGCGGGAGAUCCAGCUAGAAGAGUACAUGCGGAUGAUGGGGGUGUAUCCAACCAUUCAUUUCCUGGCCUGGUUCUUGGAGAACAUGGCCACGUUGACCCUAAGCAGUGCCGCCCUGGCCUUCAUUCUGAAAACAAGCGGCAUCUUCUUGCACAGCAACGCCUUCAUCAUCUUUUUCUUUCUCCUGGAUUUUGGGGUGUCGGUUGUCAUGCUGAGUUUCCUCUUGAGUGCAUUCUUCAGCCAAGCCAAUACAGCGGCCCUUUGUACCAGCCUGGUGUAUAUGAUCAGCUUUCUGCCCUAUAUCGUUCUGUUGGUGCUGCAUAACCAAUUAAGUUUUGUCAUUCAGACAUUUCUGUGCUUGCUCUCAACAACCGCCUUUGGACAAGGAGUAUUUUUUAUUACAUUCCUGGAAGGACAAGAGGCAGGGAUUCAGUGGAGUAAUAUGUACCAGGCUCUGGAACAAGGGGGCAUGACAUUUGGCUGGGUUUGCUGGAUGAUUCUGUUUGAUUCAAGCCUUUAUUUUUUCUGUGGAUGGUACUUCAGAAACUUAAUUCCUGGAACUUUUGGUUUAAGGAAACCAUGGUAUUUCCCCUUCACUGCUUUGUAUUGGGAGAGUGUGAGCGGCGUGCUGGAGAAAUGGCAGCGCCCUCUCGGUUCCAGUCUGUUCUUCAGUGAGGACUUUGGCAAUAAAGGGCCAUCACCACAGAACAAGGAAGGGGAACUGGAAGGAGGCCCCCCGGGAGUCUCCUUGGUGGCUGUGACCAAGGAGUACCAGGGCCACAAGGUGGCCAUCCAAGACCUCACCCUCACCUUCCACAGAGACCAGAUCACCGCACUGCUGGGCACAAAUGGCGCUGGGAAAACCACCAUCAUAUCCAUGCUGACGGGGCUCUACCCUCCCACUUCUGGAACCAUCAUCGUCAAUGGCAAGAACCUGCACACAGACCUGCCUCGGGUCAGAAUGGAGCUGGGGGUGUGUCUGCAGCAGGACGUCCUGCUGGACAACCUCACUGUCCGGGAGCACCUGCUUCUCUUUGCUGCCAUAAAGGCGCCAGAAUGGACCGCAAAGGAGCUGCACCAGCAAGUCAAUAAGACUCUUCAGGACGUGGAGUUAACUGGGCAUCAGCACAAGCCAGCCCGAGCCCUAUCUGGAGGCCUGAGGAGGAAGCUGUCACUUGGCAUUGCUUUCCUGGGCACCUCGAGGACCGUGGUUCUGGAUGAGCCCACCAGCGGGGUGGAUCCCUGUUCACGUCGCAGCCUCUGGGACAUUCUGCUCAAGUACAGAGAAGGUCGCACGAUCAUCUUUACCACUCACCACCUGGACGAAGCUGAAAUGCUCAGUGACCGUGUGGCCGUCCUCCAGCAGGGGCGGCUCAGGUGCUGUGGGCCCCCCUUCUGCCUGAAGGAGGCAUAUGGCCAGGGACUCAGCCUGACACUCACCAAACAAGCUUCUGUGCUGGAGGCCUCUGAUCAGAAGGACAUAGCUUGUGUUACGUCACUGAUACAGAUCUAUGUUCCACAAGCAUUUCUCAAAGAUAGCAGGAGGGGUGAGCUGACCUAUACCAUCCCAAAGGACACCGACAAGGCCUGCUUCAAAGGACUCUUCCAGGCCCUGGAUCAGAACCUCCAUCAGCUGCACCUGACCGGCUAUGGGAUCUCAGACACCACCUUGGAAGAGGUGUUUUUGAUGCUUUUGCAAGAUUCCAAGAAAAAAUCUCACCUUGCCCCGAGGACUGAGUUAGAGCUGCAGAACCACAGGCCUGCAGAACAUCUUCCAUCCUCCUGUGGCUGUCCUGCUAGGACCCCAGCUAGGGGAGGCUGGCGGCUCCUCACGCAGAUGUCCGCCCUCCUCACCAAGCGGCUUCGUCACACAUUCCGCGCCUGGAAGGGUACGCUUUCGGAUCUGCUGCUGCCGGUCCUCUUUGUGGCCUUGGCCAUGGGCUUGUUCAUGGUGAGGCCUCUGGCCACUGACUACCCUCCCCUCAAACUAACACCCGGCCACUAUGAGAGGGCUGAAACCUACUUUUUCAGGAAGAAUUCAUCAUGCUGGCAGACAGAUCCCUUUUCCCACCCCAAAUUCCAGGAUUCCUGUGGCUGCCUGAAGUGUCCGGAUGGAAGUGCCAGGGCUCCCUACCUGACCAACCGCCUGGGCCACACGCUGCUCAAUCUCUCGGGCUUCGACGUGGAGGAGUACUUGCUGGUGCCUUCUGAAAGACCAAGGCUUGGAGGUUGGUCCUUUGGAGUGCGAAUCCCUGAUGAAGUUCAAGAAGAGAAUGCAAACAUGUCAAAACCAAGAAGUCUGGCAAAGGUGUGGUAUAAUCAGAAGGGUUUUCAUUCCCUACCUUCCUACUUAAAUCAUCUAAACAACCUUAUUCUGUGGCGGCACUUACCCCCCUCUGUGGACUGGCAACAGUAUGGAAUAACGCUCUAUAGCCACCCGUAUGGAGGGGCCUUGCUGAAUGAGGACAAGACCCUGGAGAGCAUCCGUCAGUGCGGCGUUGCCCUGUGCAUAGUGCUGGGCUUCUCUAUCCUGUCUGCAUCGUUUGGCAGCUCCGUGGUGCGGGACAGGGUGACAGGAGCCAAACGGUUGCAGCACAUAAGUGGCCUUGGCUACAGCACAUACUGGUUCACUAACUUCCUGUUUGACAUGUUGCCUUUUCUUGAGAAUUUGCAAGAGUCUGUCCUGGAAAGCGGCUACGAGGAGGUAGAGAGAGUUUUUGCUUUGCUUUUCAGCUACGCAAUGCUUCCAUGGAUGUAUCUGAUGUCCAGAAUCUUCUCCAGCUCGGAUGUGGCUUUCAUCUCUUACAUCUCAUUGAACUUCAUCUUUGGCCUGUGCACCAUGCUCAUGACUGUCAUGCCCCGGUUACUGGCCAUCGUCUCCAAAGCUCAGAAUUUACAGAACAUCUAUGAUGUCCUCAAGUGGGUCUUCACUAUUUUCCCUCAAUUCUGCCUGGGUCAAGGACUGAUAGAGCUCUGCUAUAAUCAGAUUAAAUAUGACCUGACCCACAACUUUGGCAUUGAUUCCUAUGUGAGUCCCUUUGAGAUGAACUUCCUUGGCUGGAUCUUCGUGGAAUUGGCCUUGCAGGGCACAGUUCUUCUCUUAUUAAGGAUUUUGCUGCACUGGGACCUUCUGUGGCAGUCAAGAGAUCACUCUGUCCUCCAAGGCACAGUCAAGUCUUCUAAGGACAUAGAUGUUGAACAGGAGCAAACGAGGGUGUUUAGAGGAAGUGCCCAUGGAGACAUCCUCGUGUUAUACAACCUUAGCAAAAGUUACCGAAGCUUUCUCCAGAAGACCACUGCUGUGCAGGGUAUCAGUUUGGGCGUAGCAAGAGGAGAGUGCUUCGGGCUUCUAGGGGUGAACGGAGCUGGGAAGAGCACCACGUUCAAAAUGCUGAACGGUGAGGUUCCCCCGACGUCAGGGCAUGCCGUCAUCAGGACUCCUACAGGAGAUGACGUGGAUCUAUCUUCUGCUGGCAUGGCAGGUGUUCUCAUUGGCUACUGUCCACAGCAGGACGCCCUGGAUGACCUUCUGACUGGGUGGGAACAUCUCCAUUAUUACUGCAGCCUACGUGGGAUUCCAAAGCAGUGCAUCCCUGAGGUUGCUGGAGACCUUGUGAGGCGCUUACACCUUGAAGCCCAUGUAGACAAACCUGUGGCCACCUACAGUGGGGGAACCAAGCGGAAACUCUCUACAGCCUUGGCUCUUGUGGGGAAACCUGACAUUCUUUUACUGGAUGAGCCCAGCUCCGGGAUGGAUCCCUGCUCUAAACGAUACCUGUGGCAAACAAUAAUGAAGGAGGUUCAGGAAGGUUGUGCUGCAGUGCUGACGUCCCACAGCAUGGAAGAAUGUGAGGCUCUUUGCACAAGACUGACCAUCAUGGUCAAUGGCAGCUUCAAGUGUCUUGGUUCUCCUCAGCACAUUAAAAAUAGGUAUGGUUGGGGAUAUAAUAUCCGAGUCAAAAUGAAGACAGGACAAGAAAUGUCCUCAUUGCAUACAAAAUGCCUGAUAAAAAGGUUAUACCAAUAUAUCCCUCAUCCAGAGAGA